AUGCCUGGCACAUCAUCAUCAGUUGGAGUGAACUUGGGUGGGUGCUCAUCUGACCCCCACACCGCCACCGGCUCAGCAGCAGAGCAUACACCGCAGCAAGAGUACCAACCUCCACCGGUUCAGCCACGAAGCGAGGACGUCGUUGAUCGACUCGUCCACGAAACCCCUUACGACCACCAAGCACACGCUUCGGCACAUAUCGCCACCUUCGCGGAUCAGUUCAGCGGCCCUGGUGGCUCAGACUGCAGCGGCGGAAACAAUACCGGCCACUAG